UUGCCAACGGCCACUUCCAUCAUUCUCGUCCAUGAAAGAAAGUGAGAGAAGUCGAAAAUAUUGAAUUGUAAUUGGGAUUUGAAGUAAAAGAAUCUGGAACAUUGAGUCGUUCUUUAUUUCUUUGAAGUUCUUUUAAUGGCGACUCUGGCACCAGGAGUUCUGGUAAAGCUUCUAGAUGGAAUGAGUUCGGGGGUGAAACCCACGAGCGAUCACCGCAGCUCCCUGUUACAGGUUACGGACAUUGUGCCUGCAGAUCUGGACGAGAAGAACCUGUGGCCAAAGCAUGGAUUCUAUAUCAAGGUGUCGGAUUCUUCGCACUCGAUCUACGUGAGUCUGCCUUCGGAUCAAGGUGAUUUCGUUUUGAGCAACAAAAUACAGCUAGGUCAGUUUAUUUACGUGGAUAAAUUGGAACCUGGGUCCCCCGUCCCAGCGGUGAAAGGCGCAAAGCCACUCCCUGGGCGACACCCUCUGGUGGGAACACCAGAACCUCUGAUGGGUUUGAGAGAGAAAGGGGAGAAUUGUGAUGAAAAGUCCAAGGCAAAGGGGUCGGUUCCGAGGCGGGGUUCUUGGGGAACAGGGAUGAUCCAUGGAGAUGGGUAUUCUUCACCCAUGAUUCUGAAGCCCGUUCCCCUGGACUUUGACCAGUGUACGCCCGUGAAGGAGCGAAUCAUGUCUCCCAUGGUUAAGGGAAAAAGCGGAAUCCGGUCUUCCUUUGGUGGUGGGCUGUUGGCUAAAAUUGAAAGCCCUACUCCUUCAUUUCUUAGGAAAAGCUGUGCAUCCAUUUCCAAAUUCCCUAGAAGCAAGAGCGUGUGCGAGCGAGAUCCAAGGAUUUCAUCACCAGCUUCCUUCAACUCAGUUGUAGCAAAGAAGAGCACCACUCCACCUCCAAGUCUGCGGAAUCAAAGGACCUCCAGGAUUGAUGCCUCCCCCAUGCUGAAUAGUUCUCAGUAUGGCCCUUCAGACUCUGAUGAUAGCGGCACCAUUCUUCCCGUCAACUUACCAGGAAAACUCAGCAUAUUAGGCAAGGAAGCUGUGCAGCAGAGAGAUACAGCGCAGAAGAUUGCCCUCCAAUCCUUGAGAGGGGCUACUGCCACGGACGCUUUAGUGAGAUCCCUCAGGAUGCUUUCUAGGUUGAGUAAAUCAGCUAGAGCCGACGCUCCUGCCAACUGUUUCGACGAGUUCCUUGAAUUCCACCAGCAAAUCAUGCAGGCAGUGAGUGAUAUGGUGUCGGUUCAAGCCGCUACUGAACUGGCUCAGAACCAGAAUUUCAUAAAGCAACAACAGCAGCAGGAACAAGAAUCUCCCUCCUCCUCCAUACUAAGUGAGAUCACACCCAACUCCAGCAAUCCUGAAUCAAGUUUAUCCAAAAAAAGGUGUGGGUUGUACAAGUCAGUGACGGCUUGUGCUUGUCCGGAGAGAAGCGAGCAGAGGAUAAAGACCAACUUUGGGAAAGUCGUGAUGCCGAGGGAGCAGAAAGCGUCAUCAUCAUCAACAUCAACAUCAACAUCUGUUGGUGAGAAUGAUGAAAAUCAGAAGCCGCCACCUAUGGCAAUGGCAAUGGCAAUGCCAUCAUGGUCCAGCAGUAGUAGCUUGAGCGACACAAUCAAACUGGGAAAGGAGAUUGAAAGGGAAGCUGGAAAGUGGUUUAUGGAGUUCAUAGAGAAAGCAUUGGAAGCGGGCAUGAAGAAGAGCAAGGGAGCGGGGGACGAGGAUGUGAGGAAAGUUCCUCAGUCUGUAUUACUCAAGCUCAUCAACUGGGUCGAGGUAGAACAGUGCAACAACAAUAACAACAGGGGGGUGCUCCAUCCCAGAGCCUUACAAAUUGCGCGCAAAUUAAGGAUCAAGAUCAAGAACCCUUGACAUUCAUACUCUUUCUUUUUCUUCUCUGCACACCAAUUCUCUACUUAAUUCCAAUCUUCCUCCACAAAUUCUUAAUUUUUUAUUAUUACUAUUUUGUUGGCUUUUAUUAAUUCAUUAUUGUACCUAUAAUUU